AAAAGCCAGCACAAUGCGCCACACAGUUCAAGUGGGAAGAAGUUGAGAACAGCGUAUAAUUAGAGGCUCGCGUUCGGACUGUAUCCGACAAAAUAAAUAAAUAAACAGACGAAACAAAAAAGAAUUUAACGCGCUUGGAAAAUUUAAUAUUUAUAUCAGUGAUGUCGCCGGAAUAGAAGUCAGUUGUUAGAUUACGUUGCAGGGUGAAUAAACGCGAGUGCUACUGGAUGCUAUAGUACAUACAUACAUACAUAUAUACAUACAGAAGUGUAGUUUGUGAUUAAGUGGGUGUGCGUCCGGCAAAUGAGGACAGUUCCUGAAAACAACAACAACGACAACAUACAAUAAAAUUCUAGAAACACAAUCUAGAUUGCUUGUGCAUUAAUUGUGUUCUGACGACAUUAUUCAACGCUGGUCAAGUGCAGCGCUUUGUGCAAGGAGACAAAAUCGAAAACCAAAGAUACUUACAAUAACAACAACAUAAGGAAUACACAUUUUGUAGUGCAAAGAGCGCAGUGCAAGGAGAGCUGGGAAGAGGCAUACAAAAAAGAUACACGCGUAAACACAGGCGUACAAGAGCACAACGAAAGUCGAAAAGAAAUUUUGUACAGAAAGACUUUACACCGUUAAGAGCACGUAUUUCUACACACCACCACCGAAAUGUAUCCCAAACAAGGAGGCGUGGCGAUAACACAAUUAUCGAAGCUUUUGACAAUAUGUUUUGUCAUCUGUACACUGACGAUCCGUUGCACCAAUUCCGAGGUGUACACAGCGUUGGCAGAAAUGGAAGAACUGCUUGAGACUGAAUCGGUAUUAAUAACUAAUUUAAAUGGUUAUCUUAAGGUGCAACAACAAAAGUUGGACUACCUCAAAAAUAAACUUGGCGAAUACCAAAGAGAACAUGAAGACGCAGCUACAGAUAUGUCGACGUACGUCUCGAAUCCAAUUAACGCAUAUCUGCUGACAAAACGUUUGACUACCGACUGGCGGCAGGUGGAGAAUUUAAUGGCGCAUGAUGUAGGCGUCGAUUUUCUGAAUAAUAUUACCAACUAUCGACAUGUGCUGAAAUUCCCAUCAGAUGAAGACUUAAAUGGCGCAGCAGUAGCGCUGAUGCGUUUACAAGAUACCUAUAAAUUGGAUACAUCCAGUGUGGCACGUGGCAUGCUCAAUGGUAUACAGUACAGUACGGCAAUGUCUUCAGAUGACUGCUUCGAGAUGGGUCGUCAAUCUUAUGUCAAUCAUGACUACUACCACACAGUUUUAUGGAUGAAUGAAGCAAUGACACUCCUACAAGAGGAACCACAAAACCAAACACAAGCGUUCACACGCGCCGAUAUUUUAGAAUAUCUGGCAUUUUCCACUUAUAAACAAGGUAACGUUGAAAGCGCGCUCACCAUGACCAAUGAACUGCUGGAACUGACGCCAAAUCAUGAACGCGCGCGUGGCAACAAGGUAUUCUACGAGAAGGAGAUUGCCGAGCUUAAAGCCGAAAGCAAAGUUAAAGGAGAUGAUGGCAGUGAAAGCACACCGGUCUCCGACCUGCCCAUUAGCAAAGGAGAUCCCAGUUUGUACACAUUCAACGAGCGCAAAUCCUACGAAAUGCUAUGUCGUGGCGAAUUGAAGCAAUCGCCUGCGGACUUGCGGCCAUUACGUUGUCGCUAUGUGAAUAAUAAUGUACCGUUCUUACGUUUGGCGCCACUGAAACUCGAAGAAGCCUAUCUGGAUCCCUACAUUGUGAUGUAUCAUGACGUCAUGCAUGACAAUGAAAUCGAAUUGAUUAAGAAAAUGGCACGCCCACGCUUCCGUCGCGCCACGGUACAAAAUGCAGUGACUGGUGAAUUGGAGACCGCUAAUUAUCGCAUCAGUAAAUCGGCGUGGUUACGCACAGAAGAGCAUAAAAUCAUUGAGAAUAUUGUACAACGCACUGAGGACAUGACGGGGCUAGACAUGAGUGUAGCUGAGGAAUUGCAAGUGGUGAACUAUGGCAUCGGCGGACACUAUGAGCCGCAUUUUGAUUUUGCGCGAAAAGAUGAAGUGCGCGCCUUCCAAGGACUAAACACUGGCAACCGCAUAGCAACGGUGCUCUUCUAUAUGAGCGACGUCGAACAAGGUGGUGCCACCGUUUUCACAAAUCUACGCAUUGCCUUGUGGCCCAGAAAGGGAUCGGCUGCCUUUUGGUAUAAUCUGCACAAAUCCGGUGAAGGUGAUUUCAGAACGCGUCAUGCUGCCUGUCCCGUACUUACUGGCUCUAAAUGGGUUUCCAACAAAUGGAUACAUGAACGUAAUCAAGAGUUCCGUCGUCCUUGUGGUCUGGAACCCGAUCAUGGCGAGUUUGCAAUCUAGUGCAAGAAUUAAAGCACAUACAACAACAACAGAAGCUGACUUCAGCCAAAAUAUUUGACUUGUUAUUAGUAAAUACUUGUUGCUGUCAAUUUCUACACAUACUAAACUUAUUCUCAAGCUUUACUUUUUUCAACACAUUGGACUCGUUCAAAAUCAUUUUAGAAUCUCUGCCGAAAAUUCUCUGCAAUGCACUUGUUAGAAAAUUCGAAUUUAAAUUUAUAAAAUAUCCACCAGCAGGGAUGUAUUUAGACACUAUGAAGGGAUUCAUCUGAGAAAUUCGAUAUGCCAUUUUAUAAAUGCCGAAAAUUUCCGCGGUGCUAUCCGGACUGCAUGUAAACUUAGUGAAUUUAGCUGCUUAAUUAUUAAGUAAUUUUUUUUUUUAUUCUACUUAUAUGUGUAUGUAUGUAAUUAGUUUUCAUAUGAAAUUUUAUAAAUUAUGUAAAUAUAUGAAUGAAUUAGAAAUUUU